UGCUGUUGAGUUGAUUCCUAUUCACAGUGACCCCAUACGACAGCGUAGAACUGCCCCACUGGGUUUCCAAGGAGCGGCUGGUGGAUUCAAACUGCCGACCUUUUGGUUAGCAGCCAGAGCUCUUAACCACCGUGCCACCGUGGCGUCUCUCAAAUAGCCAGCCUCCCCUACCUGUUCUGGAGAUUUCUUCACAUUUUAUUAUUAAAUUUAUUAAACAUGGGGGGAGGAGAGAACCCAUUUUCCUGCCCUUUUUAAAACGUUCUUUUCCUUUUCUGUCUGUAAUAAUUGUAAAAAAAAUGCGGUUUUUUACACCGUAAUCUCUCCACCCUCACGUUCACAUCUGCACCAUCUCAAAGCCACUGCUUUCUGUUUUUCCGUUUCCUCAUCUCCAGAUUCAUAUAUCGACAUGAUGCAGUUCUACUACCCUAAUCAUGAUGGACUUAAUGGCUGCGUUAUUUUCUUGUACCUAAAGCAUCACCGUUUAAUAAACAUUUCUCCACAGAACGAACGUUCGAGAUGGUUCCCCUCUCCUUCAGAAAAACUCCAGUUGGAAUAGGACUAAAGAUUUUUACAAAUCAAAUUAUAAGGAAAAUAGGAACAGAAAAUUGAAAACAAGGUCAGACCUCUGAAAGAAUAACUAUCUCAAAGAAGGCGAUCAUCACCAGUGAAAAAGAACCUAAAAUUUUUACCUUCUCACUGAGAAGCUCUUAAAAUGAAAAAGAGCUAGGACUCCUGAAUAUAUUUUGAAACUGAACAGUUUCAGCCCAGCCAAAGCAUUCUGUCUUCUUCCUGGAGGCACAGAUCCAGCUUCUCUGAGCCACAACAGAUUACCAGUCGUCAUGGUGAAAAGCAGCUUGGGCUGCUGGAUCCUGGUUCUCUUCGUGGCCACAUGGAGUGACAUGGGCCUCUGCAAGAAGCGACCAAAGCCUGGAGGAGGAUGGAACACUGGGGGAAGCCGAUACCCGGGGCAGGGGAGUCCUGGAGGCAACCGCUACCCACCUCAGGGUGGUGGUGGCUGGGGUCAGCCUCACGGUGGCGGCUGGGGACAGCCCCAUGGUGGUGGCGGCUGGGGUCAGCCCCACGGUGGUGGCUGGGGACAGCCCCAUGGUGGUGGUGGCUGGGGUCAAGGUAGCUCCCAUAGUCAGUGGAACAAGCCCAGUAAGCCAAAAACCAACUUGAAGCAUGUGGCAGGGGCUGCUGCAGCUGGGGCAGUAGUGGGGGGCCUUGGUGGCUACAUGCUGGGAAGCGCCAUGAGCAGGCCUCUCAUACAUUUUGGUAACGACUAUGAGGACCGUUACUACCGUGAAAACAUGUACCGUUACCCCAACCAAGUGUACUACAGGCCCGUGAAUGAGUACAGCAACGAGAACAACUUCGUGCACGACUGCGUCAACAUUACAGUCAAGCAGCACACGACCACCACCAUCACCAAGGGGGAGAACUUCACUGAGACCGAUACCAAGAUAAUGGAGCGCAUGGUCGAGCAGAUGUGCGUAACCCAGUACCGCAAAGAAUUCCAGGCUUACCAGAGAGGGUCGAGCAUGGUCCUCUUCUCCUCCCCGCCUGUGAUCCUCCUCCUCUCUUUCCUCAUUUUCCUGAUAGUGGGAUGAGGCAGUCUUCCCACUGUCAUCAUCUUGUUACUCUUUUACCAGGUGGGGAGGGGGUAUCUACCUGCAGCCCUUUUAGUGGUGGUGUCUCAUUCUUGCUUCUCUCUUUGUCACCCAUAAGUUAAUACCCUUGGCGCUGAUGGGCAGUGGGAAGUGUGGAGUGGGCCCAGGAUGCUAUUUCUUCAAGCCCCCUUGGAUUGAGUCCUUCAUGGGCGGCCAACACUAACGCUGGGCUGGUAAGAGAAUAACAGGAAAUGAUCACCUGUUAAUCUAGGCUUCUUGGUUGGUCUAGUGCAAUAGGGGGAGGCUAGAACAAAUCUCAAAACAGUCUUCAAAUGCCUUUGCCUAAAUAUCUCCCCAGCUAGAGCCCAAUACACAAAUGCCCCAUCUUACAACCCUUUCGCGGCCUGUGUGCCAUGGCACGCCCAGUUACAUUUUAGGCCUCUUAAGCUUCUUGGGAAGCUGCUUUCCCAGUGACGGUGCAUGCUGCCGCCAGGUGGGGCCCUGUAUAACCAUUUGAAACAAAAAAAAAAAAAUGGGCUUGUGGCACAAAUUACUGUUGUUACAGAAUAUUGUGUGAGGUGUGUGCAUUUUUGGUAGGAAAAAUAGAAAUUCUGAAAAUUUUUAUUUGGGACUCAAGUCCCUGUUGCCUUGGUGGGGGGAGGAGCUCUGGGGGUACACUAUGGGACAAGUCUGCCCCUCGGGAUUCUCAGGGUAGGCUUGUGGUUUGAGGCAAGAAAAAAAUUCAUACCAUCUUCCAAAAAUUCAGACAUGUUCAGUGAUUCAGCAUGCUUCCAUUCGUGAACACACAUGGCAGCAACAAAAAAUUCAAAGCAGAAAAUAAUAGGGCCAUGAAUGGGUGAGCAGUGACUUCCUAGAAAUCUGGAGACACUUUCACGUCCAUUUUAAGAAAACCUCACUGCAUUUCCCUGUCCAAGCAACAUUUCUGCCAAAUCUGGAAGGAGGCAACAUGGUACUCAUUCAAAAACAAAACUAGAAACCCGCAACUCUGGGCCGCGGGCUCAGCCCGCUGGAGAGCAGGUGCCCCUGCCUCCAGAGAACUCUGACAGCGCUUUUCCAUUUUGCAACUCAGGCUGCACAGCCGCCUUUGCGUCCGGAGUAAAUAUUCACACAACAGCAGAACUCUGGCCAAGGGGACGUUCUCACAGGGAGCGAGCGUACCUGUGAUGGAUGAAAGGCUUCUGGGACUGAAACAGCACUUGGGACUAGUGCUCUGAGAGGCAAUCUCUCUCUCUUUUUUUUUUUUGGAUGCUUAAAGCACCUACCUGUGGCUUUCCCUUCUUUAGUAACGUAAUAAACUAUAAUUAAGGCAGCAGAACUCAAAUGACAUUCUGGAUGCUGAAGGCAAGUCUUUGUUCGUUCACCUGGAAACGUGAAUAAGUUCAGCAUGGUUUGGGUGAAGCCAAGAGAUUUUAACAUAGAGGAAGCUGCAGCUAUAAAAGUCUGAUUAUCCCAGAGGAUUACAGAAUGAAGAAAAUGGAUAGGGUGUUAAAAAAUGCUUGCAUUUCCUUAUUGCUGUCUCAUAACUGUCAAAAAUCAGAAUUGGACCGAGUCCUCAGUUUCUCUAAUUGGCUUUCGAAUCAAAGACUAGGGAGACAAUCCAAAAAAAAGCUUAGAUUGGAGAUGACAUGGGUACGAUCCAUUCAGAGUGGCAAAGGAAUUCCUGUUAAUGUUACUUAAGGCAAAAUUAUUCCUUAAUUGUUCACUAUUGUCACCUAGCAGAUAUGUAUUACUCUUCUGCAAUGUUACUGGCUUGCACUGUGUGGCUAUUUUAUGUAAAAAAAAAAAAAAAGUAUACAUAUAUUGCAUAUGAUAAACUUAGAAGUUUUGUUCAGAGCCGUUAAAGGUCUGAAGUAUCUAAGGAAUUAACUGUUUUUGUAAGAUGCUAAAUACUUAAUAUGUGGGAAACCCUUUUGUGUAGUCCUUGGGCUUCACAGUGUGUACCGAAAUCGUUUUGUAUAAGAAUCCAAAAUGGACACCAUUAACUGGUCUAUGAAAUGAGCAUGUACUUUAUAUUUUCUAUAUUUGUAACUUUGCAUGUACUUGUUUCGAUGUAUAGAAGAUUUAUAAAUGUUUAUUAUGACUAAAAUUAAACAGGAGCAAAGAUGA